AUCUUAAAAAUUCGUUUGCGAUAAAACAAAAACAAACAUUUAACUCGUGCUCCAAGUGAUAAUCAAGUUAACAAAAUGUGUUUAUAUGUUUUCGAUCGCGGAAAGUAGAUUGUUCAUUCGAUUCUGAUCUUAUGUUACCGUAUACUUAACUUAAAAAUUAUUGCGAAUAACUAUCUCCAAUUCCAACUGAAUGGUACAGAUAUAAAUGACAGUCGCCAUCGUUCUUUAAACUCCACCUCCCCAACGAUGACCGAAGUGUAUAGAGAGUGUUGCUAAAGAAGUCAGGGGAAAGCUGUGCGGAGAGCGGCGAAGAAAGAAUUGGGGAGGAGCAGGAGCCCACAUUGGCUCCGCCUUUAGCUCUGGCUCUGGAUCUGGCUCUGACACAGUCGCAAACGCAUCCCGUCACGCAAAAGAGCAUAGGGCUGGCUAGGCUAGUGCCGCGAUCGGCGUACUUGGCCUCGGCGGCCCCACAGGCACAACCAGAGAUACAAACGCUUGGCAACACCAUGGAUCGCAGCAGCAGCAAGAAUAACAGCACCGAGUUUGGUCACACAGCGCCGGCUUCAGGCGCGGCUACGCCAUGGGGCAACAAUAAGGAGUCGCCAAACAACGAGGACGACUCCAAUGAGGAUGACGGCGACAAUGCGACACCUGCUAAGGCCACUGAUCCCUUGGCACCACGUCUAGCUAACAAUGAGCGUAUUUUGGUAGUUUCCGUGACGGAACGACAACGAGAGACUUGGGGCCAAAAGGCUGAGUUUCUUUUGGCCGUGAUUGGCUUUGCCGUUGACUUGGGCAAUGUCUGGCGUUUUCCCUACAUUUGUUAUCAAAAUGGCGGCGGAGCCUUUUUGGUGCCCUACUGCGUAUUCCUCAUUUUUGGAGGUCUGCCCCUAUUUUAUAUGGAACUCGCUUUAGGUCAGUUCCAUCGCUGUGGCUGUCUCAGCAUUUGGAAGCGCAUUUGUCCAGCAUUAAAAGGUGUUGGUUAUGCUAUCUGCCUCAUCGACAUCUAUAUGGGCAUGUACUACAACACAAUCAUAGGCUGGGCGGUGUAUUAUCUCUUUGCCUCGUUCACCUCACAGUUACCUUGGACGUCCUGUGACAAUCCAUGGAACACUCAAAAUUGUAUGCCAGUCACCAGCGAGAACUUCACCGAGCUGGCUACAUCGCCAGCCAAGGAGUUCUUCGAGCGCAAAGUUUUGGAGAUUUACAAGAGCGAUGGACUGGACUUCAUGGGUCCAGUGAAGCCCACGCUGGCACUCUGCGUAUUUGGGGUAUUCGUACUCGUCUAUUUCUCACUAUGGAAGGGAGUUCGAAGUGCCGGAAAAGUCGUCUGGGUGACUGCACUAGCUCCCUAUGUGGUGCUCAUCAUUUUGUUGGUGCGUGGAGUCUCGCUGCCAGGUGCUGAUGAGGGCAUCAAGUAUUAUCUGACUCCCGAGUGGCACAAGCUCAAGAACUCCAAGGUGUGGAUCGAUGCGGCCUCGCAGAUCUUUUUCUCGCUAGGACCUGGUUUUGGUACACUCCUAGCACUCUCCAGCUACAAUAAGUUCAACAACAAUUGCUACAGGGAUGCGCUAAUAACCAGCACCAUCAAUUGUCUCACUAGUUUCUUGGCUGGAUUUGUCAUAUUCUCUGUUCUGGGUUAUAUGGCCUAUGUGCAGAAGACAUCAAUUGACAAAGUUGGCUUGGAGGGACCGGGACUGGUUUUUAUUGUCUAUCCGGAGGCAAUAGCCACGAUGAGCGGCUCAGUCUUCUGGAGCAUCAUAUUCUUCCUUAUGCUGAUCACGUUGGGAUUGGACAGCACCUUUGGCGGACUGGAGGCCAUGAUAACAGCGCUCUGCGAUGAGUAUCCUCGUGUCAUUGGCAGGCGACGUGAACUCUUCGUUCUCCUUCUGCUGGCCUUCAUCUUCCUUUGCGCACUGCCCACAAUGACCUAUGGAGGAGUCGUCUUGGUUAAUUUCCUGAAUGUCUAUGGACCCGGUCUGGCUAUACUUUUUGUCGUAUUUGUUGAGGCUGCGGGCGUCUUUUGGUUCUAUGGCGUUGAUCGCUUCAGCGCGGACGUGGAGCAGAUGCUUGGCUCCAAGCCGGGCUUAUUCUGGAGGAUUUGUUGGACUUACAUUAGCCCGGUGUUUCUGCUGACCAUCUUCAUAUUCUCAAUACUGGGAUACAAGGAGAUGUUGGGCGAAGAAUAUUACUAUCCGCCGUGGAGCUUUCAAGUUGGUUGGGCAGUCACCUGCUCUUCGGUUCUGUGCAUUCCCAUGUACAUGAUAUACAAGUUUUUCUUCGCCUCGAAGGGCGGCUGCAAGCAACGGUUGCAGGCAUCCUUUAAGCCGGACGCCGCAUGUGGAUCGGUGGUGCCAGGACAACAGGGCACUUCGGUGUGA